AUGUAACUUUAUACAGGACCCCCUUCGUAUAAGACAGCUAAUUCGCAUCAUGCUAUAUCUAAACCGUGAUAAACGAACCUUGAAAUAAUAUACGUAUAAAAGGCAAUGUGUACCGUUUUAUAUCGAAACCAUGACUUAAGGUUUUCCCUACCAAAAUGUUAAAAAAAUAAACCAAGAAACAAGUUCUCAAUAUCAUUUACAAAGAACAAAACCCACUUAACCUUCACUUCUCAAAAUGAAAUGAGAAAGUUUUCAGUAGCAAUAAAGUUGGUAAACUUUUCCAUAUUGAAAAUCAAAUUUUCAACGCAUAUUGGAUUUUUUAAAUCGUGACGUAUUAAAAUGGUGUUACAAUUAUUCUCAAUUCUUGUAACGUGUAAUAUCGAAACUGUAUAAUCUUAUUAUUAUAUACAUAAUCUUAUUCUUAUAUACACAGGUUUAUACCGUGAGUAUAGAUAUAUACACGAAUACCUGUUGUUGCGUUUAGAUAUUAUUAAUUAAAAAGUAUUUAAAUAUCAAUAGCCAUAUUGGCGAUUGUGACGUCACUGGUCUAUGAAGGCAAAAAAUAAUUAAAUAAUAUAUUAUAAAUAAUUAAAAUUCCAAGAAAACUUCCCUGCUUCCAAAAUUAUGUUUGUUUUAUCCUUUCCGAAGCUUGAUCUUCGUUUAGACGUGUUUACUUAAAAUAGAAUAAUUUGAUCGUCUUGUUGGUGUAACUGUUACUAAUGCUCCACGGGUCCGCGCUCGGUUGGAUAUUGAAUAUAUGCAUAUACAUACGAAAUCUAUUUUGGCGAACUAACUAACCAUUGAAAUCCAGAUCUGAAACAUUACUUCCGUACUACGUCAGUUAAUCAGCUUUUUGUCAUAAAUGAGUUAACAAUCUCACGGCAUGCUUGAAGUUGAGUAGUAAAAGAGUAGUUACUCCAAUUCGUAGACACCACUAUUCAUACAUAGUAUAUUCGUACUGUAUCCAAUACCGUAUUUACCAUAAGGGCACACGGGGCCCGUGCCCAGGGCCCCCAUUCUCAGGGGCCCCCUAAGGACCGACAAUUUCUCUCACACAUUUAUCCGGUUUCCAUUAUCGUAAUAACCAAAAUACCAGCCGCAUUCUAAUAUCAUUAAUGACAUAUUAUAUCAUACCGUAUUUGAUUACCUAUAAUAAAGGGUCAUACUCAGUAAAAAAAGUUAUUAUAAUUCGCUUUUUUUACUUUCCAAAAGGGCCUCAAAUUCUUGUGUGCCCAGGGCCCCCCUAAUUUAAAACGUCCCUGACUGUAUCACAAUACCUCCAAGCACCAUUAAUUAUAUGGAGCCAUUUAUUGUAUGUACCGUGCGUACUUGGAUAUUCUUUUCUAACGUAUGUUGAAUUGAAUAUAUCCGAGCACUGCUCUUGCUAGGGCUAGAAUUAGCACAUUCUCUCAGGUCGAGCUUCUUGAGUUCGUUAUGUCACGGCGUAGCUCCUAGGAUACCAGCGAAUAGGUAGAAAAAAAAACUAAUAUCUUAGUAUUCCCUCGUAAUUAUUAGUGGAGUGUCGUAUGACGAGCUCUAACGGAUAUGUACCACCACUGUAACUAUUAAUCAUUUAAAAAAUUGCAACAAUCAUUAUCACAAUACAAAAUUGAAACUUCAUAUUUCACGUUGCGUUGUGCCCCGACACCCAACAGCUUCGGUAAACACUUAAAACCGAGUUGGUCGUGAAUAAAUAAAUUAUUAAAAAUAAUUAAUAUUUAAACAAUGACGUUAAAUAAUAAUAUGUAUGUACCGCUUCUGUUGUAUAUAAUUUCAGUUGCUAUAGAAACUAAGUAGCUCUGUACUGUAUACAGCGAAUAGGUAGGUACGGUAAAAAAGACAGUGUACCUACAUGUGUUAAUAUACAUGCUACUUUAUUCACGGACUAUGUACCUACAUUGAUAAACUUCGAGUGCCUUGCCUAGAUAAUCUCUACAUUAUUAAUAUUAUUGAGAUUUAUAGAUAAUGAGUGACGCAGAAAAAACAUGAAUGUAUUGUAACUUACUAAAUCUAUAAUACCGAAACGUUUGCGCGCGCAAGUUCGUCGCAUGUCUAUGUAAUCAUCAAUAUGGUUAGACGUUCUAAGACUACGUAUCUGUGUGAAAGGAAUUUUAAUGUUUUUAAACACAAAUACACACCGUAUUUGUGUUUAAAAACAUUAAUAUUUAACGAAACAUUAAAAAGAUUUAUUGAAAAGCGAAACAAUUUGUAAGUUAAAUUAAAAUGACUAUGGAGCUAGCAUGUGAACACUGCACCCUAUGGCCUUACAAACAAAAUUAAUAAUAAGAUUAAAGAUUAAAAUAUAAAUAAAGUGAUUACUUGAAGGCAAAUGGCCGAAUGCUGCAUUAUAACAAAUUCUUCACCUCGGCUACAACGAAGAUUAAAUGGUUUUCAACUACCACUGAAUUAUCUGCAAGUUCUUGGGUGGAUUGCUCUCAUUGGAACUGCUCUAAUAAAUUUUAUAUUUUUGAUACAAAUACAGUUCAAUGAAUUAAGAAUGAUAUCCCUGAUUGUGUACACAGUGCUGUACGUGUCACAUACUAUCGCUCACGUUACUGCAUCCAUGCUAGAUCCAAGUGAGACCGAAUUGAGAAAGAUGGAAAUAAAUAUUAUUCCGGAAUUCGAUCGAACUAUUCACGCGCAUGUCAUUGAGAAUGGAAGAUGUCAUUUAUGCAACAUACAAGCAACAAGUAGAUAUACUAAACACUGUAGUAUUUGCAAUAAAUGUGUGGAUCAAUUUGAUCAUCACUGCAAGUGGUUGAACAACUGCAUUGGAAACAGGAACUACUUGCCGUUCAUUGCAUCUGUUAUUACAGCUUUGAUGAUAUCUGCGUUUACGGCUGCAUUGUGUCUUACAGACAUUGUUUUGUUUUUAACUAAUCCGUAUAAAUUAAGUACUGGCCAUUAUAAUUAUAUCAAUUGUACUAUAAGCAAAGAGACGUACUCUGAAUUUUGUAAAAUAUCUAUGCCAUUGUUAGCAUUUUUAGUGUUAUUCUUUAUAAUAGCUAUUGGGAUAUCAUGUGCCUUGUUACAUUUAUGCUGUUUUCACGUUUACAUCUCAUAUUUGGGAGUUUCCACUUAUGAAUAUGUUAUGAAAAGUGGCACAUCAGAAGCAAUACGCUGUCAAUGCUUUAUUUGUAAGUGUCGCAGAAUAAGUUUACCGAAAAUGUAUAUUAAAGACAACACGAAACCCGAUGAUGAAGUUGUUGAUAAACACGACAAACCAGAAUUAAUAGACGGAUUAUACGACAGCGAAACUCGAAAUGGCAGCAAUCUAAUUGUUUUGGUAAAUAACCAAUUGGAUAGAGCAAGAAAUUGGUUUGUAUUCGAUAGGAAUAAAGUACAUCCGCACAAUGUUGAUAGUGACAGAUAAUGCUUCUAUUUUUAUACAAGCUUUAUAAACAAUAAAAUAAGUAUACACUAUC